UUUAUUUUGUGAAUUAUUGAGAAAAUAAUAAAAUAUUUUAAGUUAAAGUUAUUACAACAUAAAGGAAGAGAAGGAGAAUAUUAACAGGGGUUUUAAAUCUGAAAUAGUGAAUUUGAAUAUGACUUCAAUUGGACUGAAAAACCCCGAGUGGGAUUUGAGCAAGAGCAAAUUCGAUGAAGUAGACGACCUACCUCUCAUGAGGUCUCCAGGCCCAGUUCUGAUGAUCCUGGCCGCAUACCUGAUCUUCGUGCUGAAGGUGGGACCAGCCUUCAUGAGGAAGAGAGAGGCGUACAAACUGAAGACGGCUUUAGUGUGGUACAACGGUGUGCAAGUCGUAUUAUCGGUGUUUUUGGUGAUAAAGUACGCAUACCUAAUAUACAGGAUGGGGCUGUUUCCAACAGCAUGUUACAUAGAACGAGACGAUAUGCGCAAUGAGGUUCUCGUGGGCAUUUGGUGGUACUUCGGCGCAAAACUGACAGAACUCCUUGACACAGUCUUCUUUGUGUUUCGUAAAAAGUACAGCCAGAUCACCUUCCUGCAUCUAUACCACCACACCAUCAUGGCUAUUGGUACUUGGAGUACGCUGAAGUACUUUCCCUCUCACCUGCUGUUCUUCGUGGGCUGUCUGAACUCUUUCGUCCACGUACUCAUGUACACGUAUUACGGCCUCGCCGCGUUCGGGGACAGAUUCGCCAAGUACUUGUCGUGGAAAAAGUACAUGACUAAAAUUCAAUUGAUACAAUUCGUAAUGAUCGUGUUCCAGUACGUUUACACGGUCAGAUCAUCAGAGUGUCCACCAUCAAGAGGCAUAGCCCUAUUCAUCACCGCCAAUACAAUUUUCAUCUUAUUCCUUUUCUUGAACUUCUACAGGCAAAGCUACACCAAAACUGCAAAGAAAACCACUCCUGGCUUAAAAAGUGACGCUAAUGGUGUUCACAGAUUGACAGAGAAUGCGAAAAAGGCAGAAUAAGUCUCAUUUAUCAGAGCAUGUGCAAGACUGUUUGUAAUUCUUUUAGGAUGUAAGGAAAGGGUGACAUUUAAUAAUGAUAAUGCGGUUUAAAAGAUAUCAAACAUUAAAGGGAACGUGUACACACGCCCACAUUGUUAACUAUCAAUUUCCGUUUUUGCUCUCGCUCUAAUCAAAUGACGAUUCUUUGCGAUAGAACGAGAUGCCAUGACUUUCAAUGGGCAGUUAACACUGUUGGUGAUAGUACAACCAACAACGAAGGUGGUGUCGACUGGCAAUAUUUUACCUAUUUUAUUAGUUGACAUUGACAUUGACAGAAAGCAGGAAAGUUCGUGGCGACCACUGAAGUAGCUGUGUGUCUAGCUGUUUCUUUAAAUUUUAU